AAAUGUCCUUAGGAAUAACAAAGAAACCAUUUCAAUGUGCGGAAUGCAGAGAGUGUUUUAGUCAGUGAACUAACAUUCAUAUCACUGAACUGACACAGAGGAGACACCAUUUAAAGUUAUGGAGAGAGGAAAGAGCUUCAGUGACUGUGGGAUGUUUGAUAAACAUCAACAAAAUCACACGGGUGAGAUAGCCUUUAAAUGCAUUGAGUGUGGAAAGAACUUCUCCACGGAUACAAAACUUGAAAGACAUCAACUUAUUCACACAGGGGAAAAACCAUUUAAGUGUAUGGAGUGUGGAAAGAGGUUCCUUACGGGUUCACAGCUUAAUACACAUCAUAGAGUUCACACAGGUGAGGAACCCUUUAAAUGUCUGGAGUGUGGAAAGAGCCUCACUACUAGUGAAAAUCUUAGAAAUCACCAACAGACUCACACAGGGGAAAAGCCAUAUAAAUGUAUGGAGUGUGGAAAGAACUUCAGUCUGAGUGGAGACCUCAGGGUACAUCAUCGAAUUCACACGGGUGAGAAACCCUUUGAAUGUAUGGAUUGUGGAAAGAACUUCUCUAGUAGUGGAAUGCUUAGAAGACACCAACGAACUCACACAGGGGAAAAACCAUUUAAAUGUAUGGAGUGUGGAAAGAGCUUUGGUCAGAGUGCCCACCUUACUUCACAUCAGCGAACUCACACAGGGGAGACGCCAUUUAAAUGUAUGGAAUGUGGAAAGAGCUUCAGUCAAAGUGGAAAGCUUACAAGACACCAAAAAACGCACACAGGGGGGAAACCAUAUAAAUGUAUGGAGUGUGGAAAGAGCUUCAGUCUGAGUGGAGACCUCAGGGUACAUCAUCGAACUCACACAGGCGAGAAACCUUUUAAAUGUCUGGAGUGUGGAAAGAGCUUCACUACUAGUGGAAAUCUUAGAAAGCAUCAACAGAUUCACACAAGGUAAUAACCCUUUAAAUGUUUG